AUGGGCUCUGAAAUGGAAGCAGCCCCGGUGCUGUCCACUCCGGACGAUCGAAUUUUCGAAUCUGCAGACCCUGUUGUCUCAACCCGCACGACUCAGCCAUGUUCCGAUGACGAACUUUCAAUCACCUACGACAUUGAACGUACGCUGAAGGACAUCCGCCAAGCUCGAUACAAGCGCAUCGCUCUUCAAUUCCCAGAUGAUAUGCUCCCUGAUGCCCCGCGGGUAUUCCAACUACUCAGCCGCGGCUUGAAUUCAAAGGAAAUUACCGGCGCGAAUGGAACAGAUGGCGGCCAAACGAACGGGGGGCCCAAUACCGUGGAGGACGUGUCCCAGUCAGUAUCUGAGCUGUCUGUGAAUGAGGACAAGGAGAAAUGGUCACCACGACUAUACAUUCUGGCGGAUACCUCCUAUGGCACGUGUUGUGUGGAUGAAGUAGCGGCGGAACAUGUGGAUGCCGAUGUGGUGGUACAUUAUGGGAGGUCUUGUCUGUCACCAACCGCGAGGUUGCCGGUGAUCUACGUCUUCACCAACAAACCCUUGUCUAUAGACCCCGUGGUGGAGGCUUUUAAGACGACUUAUCCUGACCCAGCGACCAAUGUCAUCAUCGCAGCCGAUGUCACCUACUCUCGUCAUGUCCCGACAGUGUAUCAGCGUCUUGCCGAUAGUGGCUAUACAAAACUGUUUGCGACUGAGGUGGUCCAUGACCCUUCAUCUGCCAUUCCUAACCGCACCGUUCCUGGUUACGUUAAACAAGCACCGGAGACCCUAGCGGAUUGGCAAUUAUUCCAUAUCUCUGACCCGCCCACUACGCUUCUUCUAACCCUUGCUUCUCGCGUUGCCGCAAUUCAUAUCUACCCCACUGGCGACCCGAGCAACGACAAUGUCAAACCAUUGCAAGCAUCGACUGCCGCUGUAUUGCGAAGGCGCUACGCACUGACCACGCGACUCACCACUGUACCAAUUUGGGGCAUCCUGAUCAACACACUGAGUGUGAAGAAUUACAUGGGAAUCGUGGAUCAUGUCAAAGAGAAGAUUGCCGCUGCUGGAAAGAAAAGCUACAUGUUUGUGAUGGGCAAACUCAAUGCAGCCAAAGUCGCUAACUUCAGUGAGAUUGGUGGCUGGGUGGUGAUUGGCUGCUGGGAAAGCUCAUUGGUUGACAGCAAGGAUUUCUGGAAGCCGGUGAUCACACCAUUUGAAUUGGAACUGGCCCUGAAAGGCGACUCCGAGCGGGUGUGGACAGGAUCAUGGCAAAGCAACUUUCAAGAUCUUCUCGACCACCCAAAUGGGGAUAUGGAUGAAGAAGACCUGGCAAACGGUACAACCAUGGAUGAUCAAGAAGAUGACAUGUCGGAACCCGAGUCAGCGCCGCCCGAGUUUGAUCUCCGUACUGGGCGCUACGUUUCGCAUUCGAGACCGAUGCGGGAUCCCGCACCCCGCGCUUCCGCUAUUGAUGGGUCGUCUGGGCCAUCCGCUGCUAGGGCGUUGGCUCGACGGGCUAAGGGUGAUCUAGCGAUGAUCGGCGACACCGUCUCCCCUGGAGCCGAGUUUUUACGGUCACAGCGGACCUGGAAAGGGUUAGGGAGUGACUUUGACAUCCGAUAUGAUGAGGAGGAAGAUCCAUCGGAUAGUACGCUUGUCAAGGAAGGGCGCAAGGGUAUUGCCAGGGGCUACACUGUCGGCGAAUCAGGCCAGAAGCAUUAA